UUUUGCAAGCUCAACAAUCUCCAUUUUGUGCCAGCCUUCAAGCAGAGUGAAUCGAGGUCGUACUUGUGUAAAGACAAGACUCCAGAAUACAACAGAGAAAAACGCUAGUCGACGAACAGCUCGCUAACCAAGUUAUUAUCCUUAAGGAAGGGAAAUCUUAUCGUAUGUCCGCUAUCCAGAACCUCCAAACCUUUGACCCCUUUGCUGAUGCAACUAAGGGUGAUGAUCGACUCCCAGCGGGGGGAGAGGACUACAUCCACAUAAGAGUCCAGCAGAGGAACGGCAGGAAGACGCUCACUACUGUCCAGGGCAUUUCCACCAACUAUGAUAAGAAAAAGCUAGUCAAGGCUUUCAAGAAGAAGUUUGCCUGUAACGGCACAGUGGUUGAGCAUUCAGAGCAUGGUGAAGUAAUCCAGCUGCAGGGAGACCAGCGCAAGAAUAUUCGCCAGUUCCUGAUCGACGUUGAUCUGGCUAAAGAGGAGCAGCUCAAAGUCCACGGCUUCUAAAAGAGCUGUUUAGACUGCCCCUAUCCUUCCCAUCCCUAAUCCUGACAGCCACACCCCCUUUGUCCCCCUUCCCUACCCCC